CACUGAGUCUCUUCUCUCUGUUCUCCUUGCAGGUGUGUUACUAGACAUCCAGCAGCACUUUGGAGUCAAAGACAGUGGGGCUGGCUUACUGCAGACAGUUUUCAUCUGUAGUUUCAUGGUUGCAGCACCUAUCUUUGGUUACCUUGGUGACCGUUUCAACAGAAAGAUCAUCCUCAGCUGUGGGAUCUUCUUUUGGUCAGCUGUCACUUUUUCAAGCUCCUUUAUCACCGAACAGUAUUUCUGGCUUCUCGUGCUCUCCCGAGGUUUGGUUGGCAUCGGCGAAGCGAGUUACUCCACCAUCGCACCGACCAUCAUAGGAGACCUUUUCACCAAAAACACCAGGACCCUCAUGCUGUCUGUUUUCUACUUCGCAAUUCCUCUGGGCAGUGGCUUGGGAUACAUCACCGGAUCAAGUGUGAAGCAGGUUGCUGGAGACUGGCACUGGGCGUUGCGGGUAUCUCCGCUCCUGGGAAUGAUAACAGGGACCCUCAUCUUGGUAUUUGUACCUGCUGCUAAGAGAGGAAAUGUCGAACAACUCGGGGGACAGCUGAAGGCUCGGACCUCCUGGUUGAGGGACAUGAAAGCACUGAUCAGAAACCGCAGCUACGUGUUCUCGUCGCUGGCCACCUCCGCUGUCUCCUUUGCCACAGGGGCGCUGGGCAUGUGGAUCCCUCUGUACCUGCACAGAGCACAGGUUGUGCAGAAGACAGCAGAGACCUGCAGCUCGCAGCCCUGCGGCACCAAAGAUAGCUUGAUCUUCGGAGCGAUCACAUGCUUCACCGGUUUCCUGGGUGUAAUCACAGGGGCUGGGGCAACCAAAUGGUGCCGGUUAAAAACCCAGCGAGCCGAUCCUCUUGUCUGUGCUGUUGGCAUGCUGGGAUCAGCCAUCUUCAUCUGUCUGAUCUUCGUCGCUGCCAAGAGCAGCAUUGUGGGAGCCUAUAUUUGCAUUUUUAUCGGAGAAACUCUUCUGUUUUCAAACUGGGCUAUCACAGCAGACAUACUGAUGUAUGUGGUCAUCCCGACACGCCGUGCAACCGCCGUGGCCUUGCAGAGCUUCACUUCGCACCUCCUGGGAGAUGCUGGCAGUCCUUAUCUGAUCGGAUUUAUCUCAGACCUGAUCCGACAAAGCACAAAGGAGUCCCCGGUCUGGGAGUUCCUCAGCCUGGGGUACGCUCUCAUGCUCUGCCCGUUUGUCGUUGUCCUAGGAGGGAUGUUUUUCCUGGCCACAGCUCUCUUCUUCCUAAGUGACCGAGCCAAAGCUGAGCAACAUAAAGAAACCGAUUCGGACCACCUCACGGUUGGCAACUACAGUAAUUCAGAAGACGCUUCCACAUGA